GGCGGGCCGGUUAGCGUUCAGCUGCGAACGGCCGUUGGAGGAAUUAUCGGUGAAACGCUGGUACCGGAGCGGCCAGUGGACACUGCUCCAUCAUCAUGGCGGCAGCACCUCGUUGUAAAAAUUGCCGCUGUCUCAAAAUAGGAAGCGGUCGAUGCAAUUCCCCUGCCUGUUAAAUAGACCCUCUAUCCCUAGGCCGCCCUUCUCAGAGCAGCUGGGCUCCAGGAGCUGUACGUAUCAUCACUAUUUAUUAUGAAUUGAAAUCCGCGGAGGAAGGGAUCUGUUCUUGUAAGGACAAGCCGCGUCUAUUUGCUGUAAAUCUUGCAAUGCUGGCAGCAAACGGAUAGAGUCGUCUCACCUAAUUCAGUCUCGGAGGAAUCGCCUGGUUUUGUUAUCUCCUUAAAAGCCAGCGCCUAAUCCACUGCAAUGUUUUUUGGGGGGGAGGAAGAUGUCCCCUGCGUUGUGACUGGGGUGUUAACUGACAGAGUUGAGUGAGGUACCCAGGCUUUUAUUUGGCAACAAUACGACUUGAGCAAUUGUCAUUUAAAAAAUGAAGAAAAUACUCCGUUUUGCAAAGAAAAAGAGAAAAUUUUCGCCCAACACCUCAGACACUGCGAGUGUGGCAUCAGUAGGAUAUGAGCUGAGAGAGAAGGAAUUGGGAAAGCUGCAUAAAGCCGCUUCUACCGGAGACUUAACUAAGCUUCGACAACUCAUUAAGAAAAAUGAUGUAAAUCAACUGGAUAAAGAAAACAGGGCACCAUUGCAUCUUGCAUGUGCAAGUGGGCAAGUAGAGGCAGUUACUUUCCUUGUGGAACACAAAUCAAAACUAAAUAUCUGUGACAAUGAUAACCGUUCCCCUUUGAUGAAGGCAGUACAGUGCCAACAAGAACGUUGUGCAGUCAUCUUACUGGACCAUAAUGCUGAUCCUAACCUGGUUGACAUUAAUGGAAAUACUGCCCUGCAUCUUGCUGCUCUGAUCCCCAACACCUCUUUAAUAAUGCAUUUGAUUGAGCGAGAAGCACAUAUGAAUGCUCAAAAUAAGGAUGGUUACACACCUUUGCUGUUGGCUGUUAUUGAAAAUCAUCAAGAAAUAGUAGAACUCUUGCUUAAAGAAGGUGCAGACGUCAAUGCUAAGGACAAAACUGGGAGAACUGCUUUGAUGAUUGCUGCGAGUAACGGACAAAUUAGUUUGGUCAAGUUACUUCUACGUUAUGAUGCAGAUGUUUCUUUAAAAGAAGAUAAAGGAUGGUCAGCUGAAGAUCAUGCAAUGAUGAAUGGACACCAUGCUUGUUCACACUUAAUAUCUGAGCGCGAUACCAAAAAGAAACUUCAUCAGUCACCGUACUAUGGACCAAGCAGAAUGAAAGGGAACCAUGCUGCUGAAACCAGUUUUGCACUUGGAGGCCCAGCCAUAGAUAAAGAAGAGUUUCAGGAGUCUCCUGCACAGAAGUGGCGAACCACUGAUUCUGAGAAAGUAGCAGAUGAUGCAUCUCAUACAGAAUCAGUCAGUAGGGCCUCAAAAGGUGCAGGUGACUCCUGGCUAUCUUCAAAUGAUGAUGAGGAACUCCAGUUUAAUUCCAAGAUUUCACAGAAGCUUAGCUUGACUAAGUUGCUAAAUACUUCCCAGCAAAGUAAAGAUAAUGAAGAAAAGUCUAACUUUGCCAAAGUCCGGAAUACAGACAAUUCGCAUCCAGUUGAAUCAGAUAUAGAUAGUGAGGAAGAAUCAGAAGAAGAUAGUUGCGAUGGAGAAGAAGUUAACAAUGAUAAUUGCUCACCUUUACAACGUUCACCUCAGUCAAAGACACCAUUACUUGCUUCUCCUCAAACAGCUAUGGUUUCAUCCAGCUCAUUUAUAAAAAAUCGAUCAAAUUCUACCCUUUUUAGAGGCUACAAGCAGGACAGAACUUCAGAAGAGGAGACAUGGCCUGUGGAAAUGUGUUCACCAAACUCCAGAGUUGCAGCAAAUCAACCUGCUAAUCUUGAUGGAGUUUCCAUGUAUAGUACUCGGGCAGAAGACACUUCCCGACAAAAACAUAGAAAAGACCUGCUAUUUGAAUUGGGCUUGGAAGAGGUGGAACCUGAAGAGCAUAUAGAAUCUCCUUGGGAUUCGGAGUCUACCACAGAAAGCCCACAGAAGAAAUCCAUUGGCUCACUUCCUUCAUCUGUCCAGGAUCAAGCAAAAAUGCAGCAUAUUCAGGCAAAUCAGAAUAAUGAAAUAAUGGAAUUGAACACUGUGGUACAGCCACCACUAACAUUUGAAGAAAAUAAGCAGAAGUCAGAUCUAGUUGCAGAGCUUGGCUUAAUUGAUACAGGGGAUAUAGAAGAUGCCUCAGACUGGGACUCUUACAGUGUUUCAGGCAAAAACGUAUCACCCAACCUGUGUAGUUCUGUGCCACAAGUGCAACCAAUUACAAAUGAUGGCAAAGCAACAUUCCAGUCGGCCGGAACGUCAAAAAGCCUUGUGAGCAAACCAAAGUCAAAUUCUGAAGAGACCACGGGUGUCCAUGGAACAUCACAGUCACCUGAUUCACUGAAAACUAAGUUGACUACACAUCCUUCAGUGCAAUAUCAAGGUUCUCUUGAGCCAGAACUCAAAAAUAUAACAUCAGUUAAAUUGGAAGAUAAAAAUGAAACUGAUUGGAAUUCAGAGGAAAACGAUAUUGCCAUGGGGAAGAGAGUGCCUGUAGAACAUGAGAAUCCAAAAGUGCAAACUUCUGGCCAACAAGAGUUUGACAUGAAAAUAUCUCUAUCAGAAGAUGAAGAUAAUGAAAAAGAGAAAUAUGACUGGAAAGUGGAUAAGGAUAAACAUAUUUUAGAAACAACCAGUGUCGAUGACAAAUUGCCCUCCAAGAGCUCCCAAUUUACACAUCAAACCCAUGAAGGAGUUUUGGCUGACCAAAAGGCUGAAAAAGUCGACCUGCAUGAAGUGCCUGAUUUUGAUAGUAGCAACAGUGCUGCUGAAGAUAUGGGGAUAAAUAAAAUGAGUGAACUGGCCUUGGAGAAAAGAUUUUUGAAAGUCUGGAUUGAAAAUGGAAAGGGCGAAAUAGCAUCUCAUCUAGAAAGUCUGACAGUUGAACUGAAACAAAGGUUUGAAGAACUUCGACUGAGCAAGAAUGGUGCAAAUACCAUGGAAUAUUCAGAAGAUUUUAGUGGAAAACACCUGAACAAUGAAUCUGAUAAAGAAGUUGUAAUUGCAGGUCUUAAGAAUAAUGAAGACACUGUUAUAGAAGAACAAGAAGAGGAGAGUAGAUGUGAUGAAUAUGACCACAAAGUUCAUCUUCAAAUUCCAGAGCAAAAGGAAUUAGAAGAUUUGUGUACAGAGCCGACAGAUGUGAGAGAUGAGCAUCAAACAUUCCAUCGAGUGCCUGAAUCAAAACUAGCAGUAAAUAUCGAUGAAAAUAGUUUGGAACAUGCUUGUGCACCUGAGGAAGUUAGUUUGUCAAAAGAGUUGACAUGGGAGACAACUAAAGAAUAUCAUGUAAAAAAGGUGGAAUUGUCCAUGUUAAAGGAACAAGAAACUGAUGUUGUUGGUUAUGUUACUGAUGUAGACUCUGCAGAUGAUGAUUCACUUAAAUUACACACUGGUACUGAUAAAGCAAGUUCUUAUAACAAGAAUCCUGAUUUUUCAGAAAAACCUCUGAAGCAUAGUGCAGAAUUGGUUGAGUAUUCGCCAACCAGAAGUGAAGAUGUGUCCAACUGUACCACUCAUCUUAAUAUAAGAAAUCUCCAGGUCCAAAUAGAUGAUUUGGAACACAGUCCAAGAAACAUCCAGUUGCCCUCUGUAGUAGCUGCAACUCCAUACUUGGAUGAAGACUUAGAGGGAGAUAUGCAACGAUUUAAGAAUGAGGUAGGAAUGCUGAAAGUAGUAUUCCUGGCUUUGGAGAAAAAGAAAGCACAGCUACAAAAAGAGGUCGAAGAUGAAAAAAAUAAACAUUUUCAAAAUCAAAGAAGAAACAAAGAUGAUAAAUUAGGCAAUUCUGACUCAACAGAAGAUGAGAACAGCUGGAGCAUAAAGCAGAAACUACCCCAUGAGAAAUCCAUCCAGCUACAAAAUAAUGAAAGACCAGGUUUGAAGUUAGCUGAGGAACACAGAGAUUCAUUGAAACAGUCACAAACCAAUCCAACUUUGAAGUUGGACAAAGAAAAGCAGAGGGAAAAUUUUAAGAAAGACGGAACAAGAAAACCUGUUUUCAAAGGACCUUUCAAGUCAUCUGCAAGUAAAAAGUUCACUAGACCAGUAAAUAUUUCUGAUGAUCUGGAUGAUCUCACACAGUCUUCUGAUACUGGUACCGAUGGAUCAGAAUCUCCUAGUUCUGCAUAUAAAAAUACUCCAUUGCUAAUUGCACAGCUGGAUACAGAGGCAAUAGACUCCAUAAGUUUACUGAAAAUUCAAAAUCUGGUUCAUGAAUACGAGCGAGCAGUUGAACGAGAAAAGAAACGUUAUGCCUUACUUUCAGAAAAAGUAAAAUACCUGGAGAAUGAACGAAAAGAGCUCCAUCAAGCAUUGGACAAAGCUAGAGAAAUGAAAUCCAAACUGGAGUGCCAGAAAAUGGAGAGAGAUACUGACUUUAAUAGUGUCAAAUUUAGUCUGAAACAAGAGGAGGAGAAACGGAAGAUUGCAGAAAUGUUAUAUGAAAAGAGCCGUGAACAGCUCCAAAAAAAGGAGUUGCAGUACUGUGAGGAACUGAAAGCAAAGCAAGAAUUGGAACUAAUAAUAAGAAACCUGGAAAUGGAAAGGAAAUCAUUGAUCACCAAUAUAGAACAGCUUCAUGAAGAUCAUAAUGAAUUACAGCAGCAAUUCAACCGGGAACAGUCUGUUCAUAGAGAAGUCCUCAACAGCCAUCUUCAAAGAAAUCAUGAAAUAAAAAAGGAAGACAAGAAAGCAUCACAAAAUGCAGUGGUUGUUGCUCACCUUUGUGACGUCAAUGACAAUGAAGACGAUGUGAUGCAACAAAAUCAUUCAUUACAAGAUGAAAUUACUGUACUAAAACUUGAAUUGGAUCGUGUCCGUGAACGGAAUCAGGAAGAACAAGCAAAGUAUAUGGAGCAGAUUGAGGCUUUGAAAGAAAAACUAGAUGACACAAAAAAGGAUUUGAAGUUUAACGAAGAAGCUUUAACUCACACCGCUUUACAAUAUAAUAGUCAAUUGAAUUCAUUGAAGACUGAAAUCUCAAUGUUAACUUCCAAACUUGAACAUGAGAAACGAAAUAAAGAAAAACUAGAGACUGAAAUGGAUGCUGUCCGUUCACAGUUAAGUAUAGCACUUAAAGAAUUAGAACGGAGUCAGGCAGCUAAAUGUGAGUCUGAACAAAUUCUUCAAAGGGAACAUGAUGAAUGGCACCAUUCAGAUGAAAAACGGAACUAUGAAAUUUCCAGUCUCCGUGAGACUAAUAACAGCUUGUCACAGAAAUUAAGUAACGAGGAAGCAAAGGCCAAUAAGUUAGAUAGUGAACUUCAUCGUGCAACACUUUCUCUUGCUGAAAAAAACCUAAUGUUGGAGAGUGUUCAGAGGAACUUGAAUCAGUCUCAGGCUCGCAUAAAUGACCUAGAACACACCAGCCAACUGCAAAAAGAACAGAUAAGUAAAUUUACAGUUCGUCAGGAGUCUAUGCAAGAGAGAUUGGCACAAGCCCAAAGUGAAAUUAUGCUAUUGCGGCAGCAGCUUGAAGAUGCACAGAACAAAGGUAUCAUGAAGGAAAAAGCAGUCACUGAUGUUCAAGACCGCUUCAGUGACAUAUUUUCUAAGCUUCGAAGAGAUAGUGAACGGCAGGUAUGUUUAGUGGAAGGGAGGAAUAAAGAACUGGUGAGCAAGACCAUUGAACAAAGAGAACAAAUCUGCAAGAUGGAAAAUGAGAAGAUAGAGAGAGAGACUACAUUGAGGCAGCUUCAACAAGAGCUUGCUGAUGCACUAAAGAAACUUUCAAUGUCAGAGGCCUCACUGGAAGUAACCACACACUAUCGCAAUGAAACUGAGGAAGAGAAAACACGUUUGCAGAACCAAUUGGAGAAGCUUAAAAUCGAGCUGCAGGGCAUGCAAGAUAGGUGCAUACAGUCAGAGAGGAAAAUGCAGCUCCUACAGAAUACCCUGGAUGAUAAAGAACGUGAUUUAAUUGCAGCUUCUCAGAAAAUGCAAGAUGUUUUGUCAACUUCUUCACAGACAAAGGAAGCUGCAAAUCAACUUGAAGAACAUGUACAACGAUUAGAGAUUGAAAAUGCAAAGUUGGAGUCUGUCGCAAAACAGCAGGCAAACAAGUCUGAGCUAAUGGAGAAAGAACUUCAAGAUACUGCAUCAGUCCGCACUCGUUUAGAAGACUUGAUAACAAGUUUACAAGGGGUAAAGGUUAACUUGGAAGAUCAACUCGGUCAAGAGGUACAAAAACAAACAAUGUUAUCACAAAGUGUGAAAGAUUCUCAUCAACUGUGGGAGGAAGAAUUGAAAACGAGAUGUAAGCUUGGACUUCGACUUUCUCAGUUGGAUAAAGAAAAGGAUGAUUUGGCAGGGCAGGUUGAAAGUGAACGGAAAAAAGUAAAGAAGCUGGUUGAGUUUAAGCGGUCAGUAGAAACCAGACUGGCUCAGGAAAUGAAAAGAAACAAUGAGCUUCAGAAAGAACUAAAUCGAAUAAGAACACUGUUGAAGACCACCAAAAAGAAGCUGAAGGAUUAUGAGAAUGGACAAAUCGUCAGUCAACUAGGUGGUAUUCAGGAACAGAAUCAUGAACACACUGAAUCUGAAACCACUCUUAACAGACUGAAAACAAAGAUUGAAGAGUUAUCCCAGCAAUUAGAAACUGAAGCUGCAAAAGGUAGGCAUUUGGAAUCAACCAAUCAAGAACUUUCUGCGCAAGUUGCAUCCGUGAAAUUUCUACAGAAAAAUCAAGACCGGCUAGAAAAGAGAAAACGCCAGCUCGAGGAAGAAGUAGUCAGUCUGAAGCAUCAGAAUGAAACUAAUUUGAUGAACUACAGUCACAUAGAACAAUACAAGAGGGAAGUAGAGGAACAUGCUCGUAAGGAAAUCAAACAGAAGCUGGAAGAAGUCAAUUUAUUCUUGCAGACUCAACAGGCCUCCCAAGAAGCUUUGGAACAAUUGAGAGCCACAAAUGAAAGCACAAUUAGAAGCCAGUUGGAGCAGAGAAUAAAAGACCUGGAAUUAGAGCUCAGUAAGCUUAGAACUUCACAACAAGACAGCAUUAAUCUGAAGGAUUCUGCACAGUUGGAGCUUGAAAGAUAUAAAGAAUUGUAUUCAGAAGAAUUAAAACUACGUAAAUCCCUUGCAGCCAAACUUGACAGAUCAAAUGAGAGGUUAGCAGAAACCAAUACUAAGUUACUAAACGAACGUCAACGUAGUAAAUCCUUAAUUGCUACCAGCAUUAUGAAUGGAAGCUUUAACGCAACUCCUGCUCUUGAGAUGGGUCAGCUGCAAAGCACAAUGGGUAAUGUCGGUAACCUGGGAACUUUCAACCGAAACCUAGGAAAUACCUUCCUAAACCCAUUGGAAGAUGGAAUAUCCUCGACCAACAAAGUAGAGUCAUACCUGGCUAAGCUCCUCACUCAACACUCUGUUUCUCACCUAUCUUCUAUGCAUCCAGAUGCAUAACAAGAACUUGAACACUGAAAGGGGUACAUUACAGCCGAGGGACAAAAUUCAGAGAAGGCUUUCGGUGAGUAUCUUCUUUUUAAAAAAAAAAUCACCAUGUUAGCAGUAUUUUCCUGCUGGAGCCUGGGAAUAAGUACAACUUGCAGCACCAGCUACUAUAUCUCAGGACAUUCCAAAGCACUUCACAGCCAAUCAUGUACUUGGGGAGGAAGUCCUAGAAGGAUACAUCAUGGUCUUGUAGGCAUAAAAGUUGAUAAAUCUCCAGGGCUAGAGUGAGUCUGCUCAGUGAGACAAUGUAGAAAAUAGCAGGAAUGCUGGCAAUAAUUUUCACUACUUCUCUGGCCACAGGAGAGGUGCCACCACCAUUAUUCAGGAACAGAGCAAGUGGUAAACCAGGAAAGUACGGGUCAAUCAGUCUAACCUCAGUGGUGGGGAAACUGUUGGAAGCAAUUCCAAGAGACAAAAUCAUCUGUAUUUGGGGAGGCAGGGAUUAGUUGGAAACAAUCAAUAUGGUUUUAUUCAAGUGAGGUCAUAUCUGACGAAUUUGAUUGAAUUUUUUGAAGAAAUCUCUAGGUAUGCAGAUGAGGACAGUACAUUGUACUGUAGUCUGCCAGGACUUUAGCAAGGCCACAUGGGAGGCUAAUAGCAAAGGUAAGGGCACCUGAUCCAAAGAAGAUUGGCUGAGUGGCAGGAAGCAAGACAUCACAAUUGAAGGGCAUUUUUGGCUCUAGAAGCCUGUGUCCAGUGGGGUUCCUCAGGGAUUAGUGUUGGAACCUUUUGUGUUUGUGGUAUAUUUAAAUGAUUUAGACUUGAAUUUAGGAGGGUCGCUCAGUAAAUUCACGGAUGACAUAAAAGUUGGUGGCAUAUUAAAUAGUGAGGCGGAUAGCUUUGGCUUACAACAGGAUGUAGGUGGGCUGAUCGAUAGCAAAUGGAAUUUAAUCCAGAUAAGUGUGAGGUGAUGCACUUGAGCAGGACAAACAAAACAACAGAGUACUGAUGAACAGGAGGACUCUGAAAAGCACAGAGGAUCAAAAGGACCUUGGGGAAUGUCCAGCAGUCCCUUUAGGUUAGCUGGGCGGGUGGAUAAAGUGUUUAAGAAGGCAUAAGAGAUACUUGCCUUUCUUAGCUGAGACAUAGAGUUUAAGAGCAGUGAGGUUAUGUUGGAACUGUACAAAGUGUUGGUUAGGCUGCUAGAGUAUUCUGUGCAGUUCUAGAAUUCACAUUAUAGGAAGGAUGUGAUAGCAUUGAGGGUGCAGAGAAGAUUUACCAGGAUGUUGCUUGAACUGGAGGGGUUCUGAUGAGAGUUUGGAUAGAUCAGCGUUGUUUUCCUUAGAGCAGAGGAGACUGAGUGGGGACAUGGUUGCGAUUUUACAGAAUUGACACGGUAGACUGGAAGGAGCUUAUCCCCAGACAUGCAAAGCUAUGCACCAAGUGCUGGAAAAUGAGAUUAGAAAAGUUAGGUUUCAACUGGCACAGACCAGAUUGCCCAAAGUAUCUUUUUUGUGCUGCUGUCUUCUGUAACUUCAUAAGGUGGAAUAAAAUAAGAUGGCAAGAAAUUCACGUAGAGCGCAAAUACCAUUAUAGCCAUGUUUAUCAUGGCCUGCUUUUAAUUAAAGAAUUAACUGAUGAGCUGGCUGAGAUGUGAGAGUACUACUAAUGAAAUAAGGCUGACAAACAACACAAUGUAGGGCCAGCUAUGAGGAAUGUAGGGGAAGGAUGUUUCAACAACCUGAAAGUGUACAGUACUAAUUGUUGUCAGAAAAUUAUAGGCAGAGUAUUCCUGAAUUUCACACACCUUUUAUCAUGUGUUAUAGUCAGAAGUGUUGGAAAGAAGAAAUUUAGAUAUUCAUCUCUGCAAAUAGACAUGUGGAGCAACCUAAGACCUAACCUAUUGAUAGCGCUGAAAUUGUGAUUUUAGAUGAGAUUGUUGGAAGGAGUGUAACCAUAUUAAACUACAGGGCUAAUCUAUAGGAUGGCAUUGAAAUUUGUUUGCAAGUAGAACUGAAUGUUAGGUUACACCUAACUACUUUUGUUCCUGAAUCUUCCUACCUUCUGCAUGUUAAUUGCAAAAUAUAUUACAGUUACUGGUACAUCCUGGAGCCAGCUUCUCUGCGCAUAUAUAGUCAUUGGCAGGUAGGUAUGCCAGUGUCAAUAAAAAUAGUUGGUGGCAUCUCAUCUGGUGCUGUAAAGUUUUAUGUUUCAUUGGUUUUUGCUGACCCUGGAAGUACAAGAGUAACUAUUAUAUUAGUAAAGUGCCUUUAACUUCAUGAAACAUCCCAGGAACAUUGUAAAACAAAGAAGGAUAUCAAAUCACAUGAGGAGAUAUUGAGUCAAAUGUCCAAAAGCUUAGAUUUUAAGUAGCGUCUUAAAAGUGGAAAACAAGGUGAAGAAGUGUAGGGAGGACGUACCUGAGGUUUGGACUUGUGGUCACAUUUUCUGUUACCCCCAUGAAGGAACAAUCAUAACUUGGGGUGCUCAAAAGUCCAGAAUUGGAGGAGCAGAGAUAAUAAAGAGGGUUGUGGGACUGGAGGAGAUUUAGCGAUAGUGACAGGGAAGGCAAUGGAGAUAACUGAAAACAAAAUUGAAAUGUUGCUUGACCAGAAGCCAUGUAAGCCAGUGACUAUGAAGAUGACAGGUGAUCAAAAUUUUUUGAGCUAGGACAUGGGUAGCAGAACAUUGGGCAGGUUUUCCAUAUUCUUCCCUCAGUAAACUGGGGGUCACCCAAUGUGUGUUGGAGUAGUGCAAGACCAUAUCUCUUUCUUUUUCUGUAUUUUUGAUUGUGGAUCAAAAUCUAUAAAGGACUGUUUUAAACACUGGUGAUUAUAGAUAAGAUUAUUACACUGUUCGAGACAGGUUUUCUGACAUAUUAUAAGUGUUUACAUUGCUGUUUAUUUAGUCAGGAAGACUACUACAAAUGAGCUGGAGCCAAGGGCUGUGUGUGAAGUGAGAAUCAGCCAGCAACAAGUCAUUGAUUUGUGGAGUGAUGACCAAUUGUCAAUGACAUAGGUCUCCUAUUUGUCAUCAGCUCCCAGGUAGCUGAACAGCUUGUGUGUGAAUGCUUGGUCAGAAGUCAUUGGAUCUCUGAAAAACAAGCUGUUCUAUUCUGAGCAAUAAUUAAUACUUCAAGCCUAAAGAAAACCAGUUCACUUGCCUUCGUCAGUUUUUGUAAGUUGUGGAUUUUUAAAAAACAAGUCAAAGACUUUGUAAAUGUAAACCAUUCACCUAGUGCAUACUGAAAGCCCCUGAAGCAGGAACAGCAAAUCCUGACAAGCUGAAAGGAUCAUCAGUGAACCCUGUGGACAAGGACCAAUGGACAAUCUUCCUAAUCUUUUUUGCCACCCGUAACACCUCUGUUUGUGUGUGUCUGUGUGUUGGUGAAUAGUGGGAGUUCAUGAGAUUAGACAGGUAAAUUGGGGAAUUUUGGAUACUUUAAUAACCUCUUUAACGUUUGUGAUAAUUCAGGAGAUAGCAGGGCUUGAGUUCCAAGGCGCUACCCAAGUGAAAUGUAAUAGUAACAUGUGUUAAUAAGGGUUUCAGAUCUGAAUCAGAGAUGACAUGAUGUACAGAAGCAUUCUUAGUGAUGGCACAGAUAAGAGGUCAGAAGCUGUUUAGAACACAUGACACCAAACCUUUGAACAGACGGCUUAAUCUCACAUUGCUGCCACGGAGAGGGAUGGAGUCAACAGAUAGGGAGCAUAGUGUGUAGUGAGGAUUGAGAACACUCUGCAAUAUUUAUCCCUUGCAAGCCCCCAUCAUCCUGAUUUGAUAGUGAAUCACUGUUCCUUCACUGUCGCUGGGUCAAAAUUCUGGAAGCUCCUAUCAGCAUUGUGGGUGUACCUUUUCUCCCAUGGACUGUAAUGUUCAAAAAGCUCUUUGUCAGUCAGCUUACCCCCACCUUCUCAAGGGCAGUUGGGGGUGCGAAUCAAAUACGGUCAUAGCCAGCAAUACCCAUAGCUGUAAACAAUUUUUAAAAAUUAUGCUCAUCCAGUCAUGGAUGUUAAAUAAACAGUAUGAUAAUUUUGCAAUAGUGGAGGAGUCUAGAGCACUAGAGGUGAGGUAAAGCUUUGUGUCGUUCAGUGUACGUGUGGAAACUAACUCUGCCUUUGGAUGAUAUUGCCAAGUCUGUAGAUGAGAAAUGGAACAGGGCCAAAGAUUGAGCCUUGGGGAACACCAAUGUAGGAAUAGGAAGGGAAGCAAGUGCAAAAAUGAGUAAUGGAUACAGCUAGAUUGAUUAAAAACAGAAUCCGGUGAAAGCAGUUCACCCAGCUGUACAAUAGUGAUUUCAAGAUGGAUUGUGUGGUCAAAUACUGCUGACAAAUUUUGGGAGUUGAGUCGAGUAAGUCUGACUUUCGUCACAUAGGAUGUCAGUUAUGACUUUGAUCCGUAUUGUUUUGGAACUGUAACAAUUUGGAAACAGAAUUGGAAGAAUUCAAACAUUAAGUCCCAAGAAAGAUGGGAAUAGAUUGGGAGAUGACAACAUAUCCAAGGACUUUGAACAGAAAAAGAAGAUUGGUGAUGGGGCAAUAGUUUUCAAAAAUUGAGGGAGUAAAGGAUUUUUUGACGAGAUGUGAUUACAGAGAAUCUAAUGAGAGAUGGAGAACUGUUUAUAAAAUUGGUUAAUAUGGAGGGCAAGGGAGGAAGGAGGUUGGCUGAAUCAACGACUUAGUGGUAAUAGGAUCAAGGGCAGUUUGGUCUGAUGGAAUUGAUGAGGCAAAACAAGGAGAUGGAAGAGAAAGUAGAAGGUUCAGGGCUAGAGUAGGGAGAGCAUUAAAGUAAGUUUAGCUAGAUGGCCUAGUGGGUUGGAGGAACGUAGCAGAGGCAAUUGAUACAGUUGUCACGAUCCUGAACGACAGAGAAGUCCAUGAGCUGUUUGUACAUGAUGGAGUUGAGAGUGGGUGGGAUUGGGAAUAGGAGUUUAUGAAAACAAUUUGCAGUAAAGGAGCCAGGGAGUAUGUUUGGAUUCAGUAAAUGUAGAGGUGCUGGUUUUGGACUGGGGUGGGCAAGGUCAGAAGUCACACAACACUAGGUUAUAGUCCUGGUGUCGUGUGGAUUUGUAUGACCUUUUGAUCUCUUGGCCUAUAAGUUCUGUGCAUGUGUGCUUCUCUUCACUUCAUCUGACGAAGGAGCAGUGCUUCAAAAGCUUGUGAUUUCAAAUUAACCUGUUGGACUAUAACCUGCUGUCAUGUGACUUCUGACCUGGAUUCAGGCUAGUCCUGCAACAAUGAGCAGCUUUAGCCGAUGGCAGGAGGGCCAGGUAGAAGUUCAGGCAGACCAAUAAAACUGUGGUGGGUGGUAAAACUGGAUUAUCUGCUAUCUACUUUCUGCAUUCCUUAGACCAAUGGAAAUGGAGAUAUGAACCUUACCGGGGAAAUAGCCAGGGUGAAAGAGAGAAAAAUACUUUUGAAGGGGAGAGGAUAUCAUAUUUAAAACCUAUAAAGACCAGUCAAUCAAAGAAUGACAUCCUGUAAUACAGCAGCUACGUAGUCAAAUAUUGUGAGAGAGCCAACUUCCUACGGAAAAGGGCUUCCAUUAGUACUGUCUGCCACAGUUUCACACUAAACAUGCAAGGUCUGAAUGGGCAUGUGCAGAUCCUGGAACAGUCAGAAUUGCCUGACAUCCCUAUGCAGGCCUAUCUUCAGCAUAGAGAAUUUCCAUUAGUAAGCAGUGUUAAAGAGAACUGGAAGAGAGUAUAGAAUGAAUGAACAAAUAUCAUAAAGUCCAAAUGUCAGCAGGAAGUAGAGAAAAAUAAAAUUAGCCCGAGUGUCUAACGCACUUGUAUGAAACUUUGCAGCCCUUUGAAACUCCCAUCAUAAUGAAAUAUCCACUUCAAGAUACUCUUCCUAUUUGACAUGCUAAAUUUGGAUUCCAGAUCCAUAGGUCACUAAAAAGAGGAACAAAGCUUCCUGCUACUUACAUGGGGAGCAGAAAAGGGCUUCAUUAAAAGUUUAUGAAUCAAAUAUCUGAAUCAGCUUGUCCUACAUGUUUGCAAAUUAACUAAUGUGAAAAUAUUAACUGACUCUUGUAUUUGUUACUUCAUGAGGACUUUCUGGGACAUGUAAGGGGGGAGCAAAGAUCAGCUCAGCAAGGCCACUUUGGAAAGGGUCAGAAUGAUCCUGGAACGGAUCAGUGCUAAUCAUGAGUUUCUAAUAUAGUUUAUUAUUUAAGGGAUGAAAAGUAACCUAUGGUUAUAGGCUUUAGUUCACUGUACAACAACCAAACCCUUUCUCAUAAGCAGAUGAGAGUGAUCCAGCAUGCGAGUACUUUGCAAUUCUAACUUUUCUUGACAGAUUAUUAAAUAAAUGUCUGUUCUUGUCCAUUAAAUGGUUUACUUUCAUUUCAUCAAAUUGUAUUAAUCUGUUCAAA